AUGCCUUUCGGAGGCUUCGCCCUGGACUCCGUCUUCCCCGACUUUCACCACUUCCCUCACGCCUUCGACCAUCCACGCCCGCUGUUCGGCACGCAUCAAGUAGUGCCGCCGGCCACCGCCAGGCCACCCAUUCGUCGACGCCGACGCAGACCUUGCACCCGCGACGACGACGACCUCGCGGCGCUGGUGCACGGAACUAUGGCUCACGCAGAACCCAGCUUGUUCGUGCCGCUCAGCGACGACGACGACGAUGACCUGGUCGAGAUUGUCUCUGCGCGGCCCAGCCGGGCCUCGACGGCCAGCAAUGCCGCCACCCACGCGCCCACACCCCUCGCCCUUCCACAACCCGCCCGGCCCUCGACAACGACUUCUGGCAGGACUAGGAGGCGGCAUGCCGAGCCUCACCCGCCUCCCCCACCUCAAGUGUCACGGCAGGACGAUACGGUGAUUGACCUCACGGAGGAACCAGACUCGCCAGUCCAGGUGCGCCCACCGCAGAGAAGUAACAACUCUACUACCAGCCAGGCACCCGCUGAUGCCGUACGGCUGCCACCGAUGCGUUUGCAUCGCCAUCCUCGCCGCACAAACUCUCAGCGCCUCACACCGCCGCGGCUGUCCCGCAGCGAGAGCAUCAUGCUUGGCUCGGAACCUAGCUUCAUCGAUCUGACCGGCGACGACGACAACACCAACAACAGCAGAAGCAACAACAACACUAACACCAGCACCAACGAGUCGCCACGCCGCAGCCAUCGGAACCACCAGCCUCCCAUCAUCUUCCACCCGGACGGCCCGGGCGGCAACAGCCACGACCACCUCGUCGACUUUGAGUUCCUGAACCGGCGGCACGCAUUCGGCUACAGUAUCGCGGCCACCUUUGCUAGGGGCUUUGGCCGAUCGUUCGCUGACAUAUUCUCCUCGGACAUGCUCAACGGAGCCUCCGCGUCGAACUUGGCGGCAAACGUGUUCCCGCGGGCACAGCGGGUGCCUCCGCGGCAGCCCACCCCACCCCGCGCGAAGCAGCCCCUGCCGCCGGCCAAGCCGGGCUUUACGCGGGAGACCGUAGCCGCCGCCGAGGACGGCGAGGACCGGUCCCCCGCCACCGCUGCUGCCGAUGGCCACGUCGUCGUCUGCCCGUCCUGCGACGAGGAGCUCGCCUACGACCCGACCGAGGGCGUGGUGCAGACCGCUACGGGUGCCAAGAAGCGGAAGCGCGCUCCCGGCGAUCACCACUUCUGGGCCGUCAAGACUUGUGGGCAUGUCUACUGCUCGGACUGCUUCGAGAACCGCCGCCCGACCAAGACGACGGCGCACGACGGCGUGGCGUUCCGCGAUGCGUCGGGCAAGCUCUCGCGGCACAUUCCGGCCAACGAGUUGCGCUGUGCUGUCGAAGGGUGCGGAUCCAAGGUGGCGAACAAGACGGAGUGGGUGGGCAUCUUCUUGUAG